CAAAGACGCUCCCCUCGCCCUUUCCCCUCGUCAUUUUUGUCUCGUUUCGUCCUUUCGGCUCCCUCCUCGCUCUCCUGCCCUCAUCUGGCUUUGGCAUCAACACCUUCGUCGCCCUCACCCCGCCUCUCCGCCAUGCUCAGGGCCAUCUCCUGUUGUUUUGGAGGGUCUUCAGACCCGGUCGACGGCCGAGAUGUCUCCCAGCAGACCCCUAUCUACCUCUACCAGCAGACCCACCCACCAGCAGCCCAACAGAGCCUGCCUCCUGUCUCCGAGCAGACCCAGGAUGUCGUCGCCCAAUCUGCUGACACUCAAACCCAAACCCAGACCCCUGUUUCCCAGCAGCCAAAGUUCCCUCCUCCGCUCGAUCCGUUUGGCCCUUGGCUCCAUCCCGUCGAGUGUCUCAUCAACGGCGCCCGCGACGAACCUGAUACUCUCCUGAUCAACACUUACGAGAGCGGUGCCUCGGAGCGACUCAGCUAUCUCCAGGUGUGGAAGCAAGCCUAUUCGGUCGCCCAGGCCCUCAAGGCUCUCCCUGGCUGGAACGAUGACGGCCACGAGGCCAUCGGCACCUUCUGUGAGGCCGAAUCCAGCUGGGCGAUUGGCUCGCUCGCUGUGUGGAUGCUGGGCAAGAAAACACUCAACUUUGCCCUCAACCUGCCUCCUGCAGCCCGCAGGGCCCUGUGCGAGAGACAUGCAAUCAAGUACAUUCUCUACCACCACACCAAGCCCGGCCGCACCGAAGGCGUGACUCUGAUCGAUGCCGCCACCUUCCCGGUGUUGGACGACAUUCCAUCCCCGUCUCUCGAAGUCUGUGAGCCUCUCGAUGAGUUUGUUGCCUAUUUAGGAACAUCUGGAACAACUGGCAUUCCGAAGACAUACAAAUUCCCUCAUACUGGCGUAAUCACUAGUCGAGGUUCUCUGGGACUCGAGUAUAUAAGUACCGGGCUGUGCCAGGCACCUUCGUUUGGUGCAACUCUGGGCUGGAUGCUUUGCGCCCUGAGCCUCAAAGGAUCCUUUUGGUUUCCCGAGCCCACACCCAACACUGUCGACAAAGCCAAGAGUAUCAUCAAAAUGCUCGAUGAUGGUUUGUGGUAUCUCUUUAUGCCACCCUCGUUCAUGAAGAUGAUCAUCGACGUUGCUCAGAGUCAGAAUCCGAAUGUCAAGUGGAAUACAGUGAGAAAGAUCGGCAUGGGCUCGGAGCUCGUUCCAGCGAGCGUGGUCGCACAAGUCAAGAAGGCAUUCCCCAAGGCUGAUAUCAUAUCCACAUAUGUAUCCAGCGAGUCUGGCCUUAUCGGUGCAAUUACGAUUUUCCGUCUUCCAGCCACCAGCCAAAUCGUUCCAGACAAGUUGGUCUACAGGUUAAUUAAGCCCGGUGUUCGCUGUCUCCUUUUUGACGAGGAGGGCAACAUUGUCGACCAAAAAGUCUCCAAGAGCGGUGUGCUCGUCUUUGCCGUCGACAAGGACCAUCCCAUCAAGAACCACCCCAACUUUGUCAACGCCGAUCCAAACAACAAACUCGCACCCUUCGGCUUCCUCGAGGAUGGCUCACCUCGAAUCUGCACUAUGGACUGGGUCGAGAUGGUCUACGAGAACCAGUUCACUGUGGUUGGAAGAUUCGACCAGAAGAUCAAGGUCAACGGCGUCUAUGUCGACCUCAACGCCCUCGAGGAGUUGGUUCUCGAGCACAUGCCUGAUACCAUCACAGACUGCACCUUUGUCCAGACCUCCGAGAAGGAGAUCGUGAUGCUCUACGUUCGUCGGAGCGGAUCCAACACCGAUAUUGUUCCAAGCGAGAUGAUUCGUAUCGUCGAGGACUUUUUUACCCUCAAGAACGUCGCCAAGUUCCCGAUCCACAACGUCUUCCAACUGCACCAGUUCCCCCUCAACGACUCGGGCAAGCGUGAUCUCAAGAAGCUCAGGCGUUUCGCCGAGCAUGCCAAGUACUUCGGCAGGGCAGUCGAGUAUCCUCCUCUGAAACUCGCCAACACUCCCCUGUCCCGCACUGCCGCCAAGAUCUCCACACUUGGCAGCCAGAUCAUCGACAACCCCGCCCUCGACGGCCGCAACUACUACAUCGGCGGUGUUGGCUUUGACUCGCUGAGUGUCAGCCGCCUGGCCCUCGCCAUCAAGGAUGAGCUGGAUGUCGAGAUAUCACCGAUGAUAUUGCUGUCGAACGGAAUGACGCCGCUCGAUGUCGCCCAGCUGGUUGUCGACAUCCUCGACGACAGACCGAUGAUUCCCCCGACUGUUGAUCUGGCUGCCGAGGCCGCCAAGCUCGACGAUGCGAGUGUGACGGCCGAGGGUCUUCCUCCGUUUGUCUAUCCCAAGGACCCUCGCGGCAUCGUCCUGACCGGUGCCACUGGGUUCCUUGGUGCCUUCCUGGUCUUUGAGCUGGCCCACAAGUUCCCUCGGGCCAAGAUCUACUGCCUGGUCCGAGCCAAGGACGAUCAGGAGGCUGUCGAGCGCAUCAUCAGCACGGCUCAGAAGCUGGUCCUCGAUCCGAGCCAGAGAGCCUUCCUUGACCACAACCUCAAAUCUCGACUCGUUGGACUGUGCGGCAACCUGUCGCAGGACAAGUGGGGACUCUCGGACGAGCGAUGGAAGGAGAUCAGCGAGGAGACCGACAUGAUUGUCCACAACGGCGCCGAGGUCCACUGGCUGUUUGACUAUGACAGACUCAAGGGACCCAAUGUCCUCGGCACUGCGACGGCCCUGAAACUGGCCACAACCCACCACCUGAAGCCGCUGCACUACAUCUCGACCAUCGGCACGAUCCCGAUGGCCAAGAAGGCAGACAAGCCGCUCGAGGAGAAGAUCUACUCGGCCUGGAACAUCUCUGGCGGGUAUGGCCAGACCAAGUGGGUCUCUGAGCAGCUGGCCAACAAGGCAAGAUCGAGGGGAGUGCCGGUGACCAUCAUCCGCCCAGCCGUCAUUGCUGGCGACAGCCAGUACGGAGUGUCCAACUCUGACGACUACAUCUGGCGAUAUGUCAAGGGAUGCAUCCAGCUCGGCCUUGCUCCUUCAUAUGCCACUCCCGUCACCCUGACCAUGGAUCCCGUCGACCAUGUUGCCAAGGUGGUUGCCGAGAUUGCCGGCUCUGAGGAGUCCCUGUCCAAGUUUGUGUUCCACAUCAGCGACUCGGAGCACAGUGUCCUCACUGAGACCAAGCUGUUCGAGAUUGUCAAUUCCUUUGGCUGGCCCGUCCUCUUUGAAACUCGUGAGAAGUUCAAGUACGUCAUUUCCACCAACCCCUUGUACAACCAAAAUGCCCUGUCCCCGCUCAUGCACAUGAUGAUGGACAUGUCCAUCAAGAUCGACAACGCCAACACCCGCUCGAUCUACCCAACGCCCUGUCCCUCGACUGUGCUAAUCGCCAAGAAGUGUCUCAGCUACUUGAACCAUGCUCACUUCCUUCCCAACCCCAUCACGCCAUCGAGCGAGUUGAAGGACGACGAGUAUCCCGAAGUCAGCAUCUUCACCCGCACCGGCCGCAACUGAUCAGCGGACGGUGAUUCAGCAAUAGAUUGAUCAGGUUGUUUCUUCCCUCUUCCU